ACAAAACGCGGCUCUUAACUCUCAAAAUCGUUCCUCCCGAGUUUUUCUCUGAAGGAUUUUCGAGAUGAUUCACUUUGAAACUAUCUUUGCGGAUAUUUCUUUUCGAUCGAACGGCGACUUUCAGAUGUUUUGGAAGAAAAAAUCGAAAUCAAAAUCUUCUUCGGCAUCAACGCCAAUCAAAUCGACCUCUUUGCCAACAAUAAACGAAAAAUCAUCAAGCAGUGGCCGACAUCUCAGUGUUUCUGUAAGCUCAACAACUCAGAAGAACUUUCCAAGCCCUGUUCAAAGCCGAAAGAAUAAAAUGGACACAAUGCACGGAUUUCUAGUUCCAACCUACACUUUACAUGAUUUUGAUGAUGGGGAAGAAUGUAAAGUUGUCAGAAUGAUAUUCCAAAUGUCUAGAGUUCCAUAUGAGUUCAAGCAUGUUCAUCGAGAUGAUUACAUUCUUGAAGAUUACCCAUUCUAUGCUCUCCCAACACUUGAAAUGAAUGAAAGAAAGUACGGAAGUGUUUUGUCAAUUUGCAGACACUUGGCUUGGAGAUACAAUUUGUCUGGAAAAACGGCAUACGAUGAUGCUCAAGUUGAUGAUAUUGCAGAAAAAGUUUUUGAAGUUCGAAUGAAAAUUAAAAACUGGAUUGAUCAUAUUGAGCAUGCGGCUGAUCAUGCAUGUGAUGAGGAAUGUACAGAGGAAAUUGCGCCUCGUAUCCUUACCAAUACACUGUUUCCUUGCCUCGAACGAAUGUUGAAGUCGGCUGCCUCUUGUUGGCUAGUUGGACACACAAUGACUUGGGUGGAUCUUCUCGUUGCAUGCCUUGUGAAUCCGAUCAUAUACCAUCGUCCAAAGCUGCUCCAAGAUUUUCCAUUGCUGUAUUUACAUAAUGAAAAAGUGGCCCAUCAUGAUGACCUCGUAGGAUUUUUAUAUCACGUCAGAACACGUAAAUUCCAAGACAAAAAGUAAACGUGACCGUGAACUUUGCCCAAAUCUUUCUUUUUUUGUACUUGCAUUAAUUUUAAAUCAUUUUUUCAAUCAUCGAGCCGGUUGUAUUUCUCGUUUCAUUCAUUCAUUGCUAACUUUUGUGGACAAUAAAGAGAUUAGAAAA